AUUUAACAGAUGACCCGGCAACAAUUGAAAAACUCUGGGAAAUUAAUGAAAAAAAGUUGUAUCCCCAAAAAUGAUGUGACAGAAGAUCAAGUUGGUCAAAUAGAGCAAGGGAAAUUUAUUGAAGAGCGAAAUGUGAUGUGUUACGUGGCUUGCAUAUACACUAUGACUCAGGUGAUUAAAAACAAUAAGCUUUCAUAUGACGCUGUGAUUAAACAAAUCGAUACUAUGUUUCCGGUCGAAAUGAGAGACGCCGUAAAAGCUUCUGCUACUCAUUGCAAAGACAUUAGUAAGAAGUAUAAGGAUAUAUGCGAAAGUGCCUAUUGGACGGCAAAAUGUAUGUACGAUUACGAUCCAAAGAACUUCAUUUUUCCAUGA